CCUGUGCUCGACUCAGGGCCGGCUUGCGGCGGCCGCGGGCUGAAAGGGUGUGGAAGGAGACAGCAGUGAGGCUCAGCUGAUGGCACUGCCGUGCGACCGGGGCGGCAUCCAUAACUCCACACAGGCGACAGUAACGUGGGAUGCUCGUUAACUGUCGCGCUUUCCUCACUCAGGCUUGCCGACCUGACUCGGCGAGAGCUCUGAAUGAUGCAGAAGACAGCCAAGAGAAACAAGCAGUCGCUGACUUGUGGCGAACCGACGCUUCUCCCUCCCGACAAGAAGAGGAGAGGAGCUCCAGCCGACUUUGUGGCGCUCCUGCCUCCCGAAGUCAGCGUGCGGAUCUUCAGCUCCCUCGACCCCCGCAGCCUGUGCAGCGCUGCCAUGACGUGCAGGCGCUGGCGGCUCGCCAUUGACGGCAACGACUGGCUGUGGAAAAACCACUGCUUAACGGUGAGGGCUGUCUGCCAGCGGGAGAUCGAUGGCGACAGGGGAAGUGGAUAUUCGUGGAAGAUCACAUUACUAAGAAACUACUGGAAAAGCAAAGUAAAACAAGAUUGGCUCAGUGGGAAAUACAGUAACGUUCACUCACAAAACAACUUGCCAGAGAAAAGCAUGUAUCCGAUGGAUGUUGACACAUGGGGAGAAAUCCUGGAAGCAGAACUAGAGAGAUGAGAAACCACCACUGCUGCUUGCAACUCAAGAACCUUGGACAAUACAUGGACACCACUGCUGCUUGCAACUCAAGAACCUUACAUCAGCACAUGGACUGCCAGCCUGUAAAUAUUUUGCUGUUUAAAUUAGUCAUAUUUGCAAACAUACAAAGAAAGCUUCACAGGGAGAAAAAAAAAACAAACAUGCAAAUAACUUUUUACUUGCACUUGAUCAGAUUGACUGAUACAAAGAGUGAAAUUCUAAAUAAGACUCAUAGUCUUAUUCAGUAUUCAGUAGUAAUUUCAUAUUUGUAAAUUUAAUCUUCUGUAUUAUAUAAAGAUGUUGAUUGUACUUUCAAUAUGCACUUUUUAAAAAAGACUUGUAAAAAAUAUUUGAUUCAAUGUGUAUUGUAUCAGCAGCAUGAUGUGGGAGUUCACCAAGAGAGACUGGGCAAGGACAAAUGCAGACACUGCAAAGAAGAGACAGCCACCUGGUGGCUCAACAUGCCAACAUCUGCCCCAAGGGACAGAGCCUGCACAUCUGGAGGUGUUGGUGCUGAGCAGCACUGCAUUUCUAAUGCCCAGCUCUGGGACUUGUGAAUGAGGACUCGCGCAGCAGGGCUGAAGCAGCCACUUACUAACAGCCUCUCCAUGAUCAGCUACGCACGUCUCAUUUCUAUAGAAGGCAGUGAAACAGGGAGUAAAACACGUUUCAUUUAGUACUUUGGACAAAGUAACUCAGAUACUCUAUGAAAAUAAAGUUACCUCACACAGUUACACCA